AUGCUGCUGCGUUGCCUGACUGCCUUCUGCCUCGUAGGCAGCCUUUUCUGUGCUGCUGUCCCACUGCGGGACACUAGAAGAGCUCAGCCCACCAGGAACAAGCUGCUGCUCAUCUCCUUUGAUGGUUUCCGCUGGAACUAUGACCAGGAUGUGGACACCCCUAACCUGGAUAAGAUGGCUAAGGAUGGGGUGAAGGCACAAUACGUCACACCGCCCUUCAUCACCAUUACCAACCCCACGCACUUCACUUUGCUCACAGGACGCUAUGUUGAGAAUCACGGAGUAAUCCAUAACAUGUGGUUCAACACUACUACUCAGGAGAAGAAGGGGUACUACAUGACUCAGUUUGUUGAUUCAUACUGGGACAACGGCAGCUUACCCAUCUGGAUAACAGCACAGAGACAGGGUCUCAAAGCAGGAUCUCUACAUUUCCCUGGCACAGCAGCCACCUACAAAGGGGAGACUGUCAGGGUGAGGGAAGUGGAACCACGUUUAUAUGAUUAUUCUAAUGAAACAGAGUGGAGGCUGAACAUCGACAAAGUGAUUGGAGAGUGGUUCCACCAACAGGACCUGGACUUUGUCUCUUUGUACUUUGGAGAACCAGAUGGGGCUGGGCACCGAUAUGGACCAGAUUCCCCAGAACGCCGGGAAAUGGUUCAACAAGUGGAUCGUACUGUGGGCUACAUCAGGGAUAAAAUCCAAGAUCGUGGCCUUACUGACCGACUCAACGUUAUUAUCACCGCUGACCAUGGGAUGACUACUGUUCUACGAGGUGCACAGGUUGACGAGAUCAUCCUCUAUAAGAUUCCUGGUUUCAGCUUCAGUGAUAUCCAGUUCCAUCUGGUGGACUAUGGACCUGCUGGGAUGCUGCUUCCUAAGGAUGGGAUGCUUGAGAAGGUCUACAGUGCCCUCAAAGGAAGUCACCCACAUCUUCAUGUGUAUAAAAAGGAAGAGAUGCCAGUGUGGCUGCACUAUAGUAAACAUGCUCGACUCCUUCCCAUCAUCCUUUUUGCUGAUCCUGGAUACGUAAUCAAUGGGUUCUUCCCUGUGCAGUUCAACAAAGGAGAGCAUGGCUUUGACAAUCAAGUGAUGGACAUGAAGCCUUUCUUCAGGGCAGUUGGGCCUGAUUUCCAGAAGGAUUUAGUGGUUGGGGCCUUUGAGACUGUUAAUGUGUACCCACUCAUGUGCCAUUUACUAGGAAUAAACCCAGAGAUCAAUGAUGGACACCUCGACAAUACCAAGCAAAUGCUGCUCCCCAAGAAAAACACAGAAGAUUACGAGGUGGAUCGUCAUCAUCAGGCUUUCAUUGGCUUAUCAGCAGUGGCUGGGUUUCUGGUUCUGGUUUUUAUAGUGGGAACUUCUUAUACUUGGUGUUUAAGGAGAAAAGCAAAUAGGAUCUACCAGGAACAAGCUGCUGCUCACCUCCGUCGAAGGCUGGGACUACACCCUAAUGUGGAUAAAAUGGCCCUGGAUGGGGUCAAAGCCCUUCAUGCUACUCCACCCUUCACCAUCAUCACCAGCCCCUUUUUCAAAGUUAACAGAUAA